CUUAGUUCGCGCAGUAACAAACGAAGUGCGCGCUGCGACGUCUCUUCGCUCGCCGGGCUCCGCCGCCAUUUCUUCGCCUGGCCUAACGGUUCGCCCAAUCCCAGCGCACAUCGAGAAGAACUAAGGCUCCGCCAAUCAGAGGCCGCCGAUCCCGGCCCCCCGCCACUGCCCGGCCCAAUCCAGGCCCCGGCCCGGCCGCCCCCGGCCCGCCCCCGUGGCGCCCUCUCUCCUCCCUCCUUGUGCGUCUCGCGCCGCCGCCGCCCGCCGCGUGAGAGGACGGGCUCCGCGCGCUCCGCAGCAGCGCAGUCGGAUCCCCUCCCCCCGGAAGGUUCGUGAAGGAGAAGCCGCCGCCGCCGAGGAAAAGGAGCCGCCGGCGCCGGUCCCCAGGGGCGCUAUGGCGACCGGAGCGAACGCCACGCCGCUGGGUAAGCUGGGCCCCCCCGGCCUCCCGCCCCUUCCCGGGCCCAAAGGGGGCUUCGAGCCGGGGCCUCCGCCUGCGCCCGGGCCUGGGGCGGGGCUGCUGGCGCCCGGGCCGCCGCCGCCCCCGCCUGUGGCCUCGAUGGGGGCCCUGACCGCGGCCUUCCCCUUCGCGGCGCUGCCGCCGCCGCCUCCGCCGCCGCCCCCCCCGCCUCCCCAGCAACCGCCGCCGCCUCCGCCGCCGUCCCCGUCCCCGGGCGCCUCGUACCCGCCGCCGCAGCCGCCGCUCUACCAGCGCAUGUCGCCGCCGCAGCCGCUGCCGCCACCCCAGCCGCCGCGUCAGGACCAGCAGCCGGGCCCGGCCGGCGGCGGAGGAGACUUCCCAAGUAAGAAGCGGAAGAGGAGCCGUUGGAACCAAGACACAAUGGAACAAAAGACAGUGAUUCCAGGAAUGCCUACAGUUAUUCCCCCUGGACUUACUCGGGAGCAAGAAAGAGCUUAUAUAGUGCAACUGCAGAUAGAAGACCUGACUCGUAAACUGCGCACAGGAGACCUGGGCAUCCCCCCUAACCCUGAGGACAGGUCCCCUUCCCCUGAGCCCAUCUACAAUAGCGAGGGGAAGCGCCUUAAUACCCGAGAGUUCCGCACCCGCAAAAAGCUUGAAGAGGAGCGGCACAACCUGAUCACGGAGAUGGUUGCUCUCAACCCUGAUUUUAAGCCACCUGCAGAUUACAAACCUCCAGCAACACGAGUGAGUGAUAAAGUCAUGAUUCCACAAGAUGAAUAUCCAGAAAUCAACUUUGUAGGGCUGCUAAUUGGGCCCAGAGGGAACACCCUGAAGAACAUAGAGAAGGAGUGCAACGCCAAGAUUAUGAUCCGGGGGAAAGGGUCUGUGAAGGAAGGGAAGGUCGGGCGCAAAGAUGGCCAGAUGUUGCCGGGGGAAGAUGAGCCACUUCAUGCCCUGGUCACCGCCAAUACAAUGGAGAAUGUCAAAAAAGCAGUAGAACAGAUCAGAAACAUUCUGAAGCAGGGUAUUGAGACCCCAGAGGACCAGAAUGAUUUACGAAAGAUGCAGCUUCGGGAGUUGGCUCGCUUGAAUGGGACCCUACGGGAAGAUGAUAACAGGAUCUUACGACCUUGGCAGAGUUCAGAGACCCGCAGCAUUACCAAUACCACAGUGUGUACCAAGUGUGGAGGGGCUGGCCAUAUUGCUUCAGAUUGCAAAUUCCAGAGGCCUGGUGACCCCCAGUCAGCUCAGGAUAAAGCACGGAUGGAUAAAGAAUAUUUGUCCCUCAUGGCUGAGCUGGGUGAAGCGCCUGUCCCCGCAUCUGUGGGCUCCACCUCUGGGCCUGCCACCACACCCCUGGCCAGCGCGCCUCGGCCUGCUGCUCCUGCCAACAACCCACCUCCACCGUCUCUCAUGUCCACUACCCAGAGCCGCCCACCCUGGAUGAAUUCUGGCCCUUCAGAGAGUCGGCCCUACCAUGGCAUGCAUGGAGGUGGUCCUGGUGGUCCUGGAGGUGGCCCCCACAGCUUCCCACAUCCAUUACCCAGCCUGACAGGUGGGCAUGGUGGACAUCCCAUGCAGCACAACCCUAAUGGACCCCCACCUCCUUGGAUGCAGCCACCACCACCACCGAUGAACCAGGGCCCCCACCCACCUGGGCACCAUGGCCCUCCUCCCAUGGAUCAGUACCUGGGAAGUACGCCUGUGGGCUCUGGGGUUUAUCGCCUGCAUCAAGGAAAAGGUAUGAUGCCGCCGCCGCCUAUGGGCAUGAUGCCGCCGCCGCCGCCACCUCCCAGUGGGCAGCCCCCGCCCCCUCCCUCUGGUCCUCUUCCCCCAUGGCAGCAGCAGCAGCAGCAGCAGCCUCCACCACCCCCUCCGCCCAGCAGCAGUAUGGCUUCCAGUACCCCCUUGCCAUGGCAGCAAAAUACGACGACUACCACCACGAGCGCUGGCACAGGGUCCAUCCCGCCAUGGCAACAGCAGCAGGCGGCUGCCGCAGCUUCUCCAGGAGCCCCUCAGAUGCAAGGCAACCCCACUAUGGUGCCCCUGCCCCCCGGGGUCCAGCCGCCUCUGCCACCCGGGGCCCCCCCCCCUCCGCCGCCUCCGCCACCUGGUUCCGCCGGCAUGAUGUAUGCCCCGCCCCCCCCUCCUCCGCCUCCCAUGGACCCUUCUAACUUUGUCACCAUGAUGGGCAUGGGGGUGGCGGGCAUGCCGCCCUUCGGGAUGCCUCCAGCUCCCCCACCGCCUCCACCACAGAACUAGACUCAUUUUUUAAGAAAAUAUAUAUUAUAUAUAGAGAGAAUUGGUCUCGUUUAAACAUGUCGAACCUCACCAUAUGGAGCCAGACAUUGGGACGCACGCAUGUGAUUGUGUGUGCACGCAUGUGUGUGUGUGCACGCACCGGCCUGGGCCCAGCGACUGAGGACUCGCUGGGGAAUGGGCAGGUGGUAGUAGGGGCGCCAGCUUGGGCUCUCCUGGCGCCCUGUAGCAUCGAGUGUCUUUGUCUUCUUUCUCUCCUCACCCAACUCCCUUUGCCUCUCC